UGUUGUCACUACCAGAAUUCCAUAUUUCCUACGGUAUAUGAAGGCACCAUGCCUCCAUCAGGACCCUAAUAUCUUCCUUUGGUAGUUUGGCUACCUCGCCGGCAGAAGUUGCCAAGUGCUCACCAACUUUUUGCUUUUAAAAAGGAACAAAGAACCGAGAAUGAAAUCAUCCGUAAUUCGCAGCGCUUGUGGCAACGCUGCUCUUCGGAUACAACAUGCUCGACACGGAAGCAGGGUCAGCGGGGCACCGCAGAGAUGCCAGCCGACUGCUGCGACUCACAGCCGGCUUGUGGUGCGAGCGGCGAGCGAUACGGCUAACAGCGGCACCAAUGCCAAACUGGCCGACUACUUCGGAAAGUGUUUGCCAAAACGAGACGCCGGUGACUUCGAUCACUCUCUCAGAGAUGUGGUUCACAGCACCAAAGAGGCAAUCGUGGCCCUGCAGAGAAAGAAUCCAGGUGUCCAGCCACUGCUUGCCAUUAUACAGGUGGGUGAAGAUGACACCCUGAUGGAGAUCAACAAGAAAAUAGCAGGAAAGGCGAGCUUAAUUGUCACUCAGACCUGUCUUGCCAAGGAUCGCAGUGAAGACGAAAUUGUUGAGGAGGUGUUGAAGCUGAACCAGGACCCCGGGGUGCACGGCAUCUACCUCCACCUCCCCCCUGCUUCUCUCACCGACCGAGUGCUUGACGCCCUCAAACCUGAGAAGGACGUGGAUGGGAUAACGUAUUUGAACAUGGGUCGUUUGGUGCAAGGCGACCUGAACAAAGGCUUUGUCCCGCCUCUUGCUGGCGCUGUAAUGGAUCUGUUGCAGAAACACGACUCCUCGGUAGAAGGAAAAACAGUACUCCUGAUCGGUGCUGACGGACCUCUUGGAGUGGCCCUGCAGUGCCUGCUGGAGAGAAAUGGAAUGGCAGCUCUUAAAAGUCAUUCCAGUUUCAAGAACCUACAAAGACAGGUGAUGGAGGCUGAUGCUGUGGUGUUACUCGGUGCAGAGAAUCUUGACAUCCCACCCACUUGGAUCAGGCCCGGGGCCGCGGUGAUCCGCUGGGAGCCCAGCCUAGACUCGGAUGACUCCGUGAUGUCUUCAAAAUCCGGGUUGGCAUAUCUCACGGCAGCAUACAGAAUGCAGAACGUGGUGCACAGCAGCAGUCGGAGGAUCCAGGAGCAGCAGUACCGACCGUGGCGACUGCGCAACCUCAAACUCCAGCCCCUGACGCCUGUGCCGAGUGACAUUGAGAUUUCCAGAGCACAGACCCCAAAGGCAGUGGAGGAGCUGGCAGAGGAGAUCGGUCUGUUGCCAGAAGAGCUUGAAGCUUACGGCAGGAGCAAAGCAAAAGUCCGCCUCUCCCUGUUAGAGCGCCUACAAACACAGCCGGACGGCAAAUACGUCCUGGUGGCGGGAAUCACGCCGACCCCACUUGGCGAAGGGAAGAGCACCGUGACAAUCGGCUUAGUCCAGGCUCUGUCUGCUCACCUGAAGCUCAACUCUUUUGCGUGUCUACGACAACCCUCUCAGGGACCCACCUUUGGGGUCAAAGGGGGAGCAGCAGGAGGGGGCUACGCUCAGGUUAUCCCAAUGGAGGAGUUCAACCUCCAUCUGACGGGCGACAUUCACGCCAUCACCGCUGCCAACAACCUGGUGGCGGCGGCCAUCGACGCCAGGAUGCUUCAUGAGGCCACGCAGUCAGACAAGGCUUUGUACAGCAGACUGGUCCCUUCCGUUAACGGAGCGAGGAGAUUUUCACCCAUCCAGGUUGCUAGGCUGUGUCGUCUCAGCAUCAACAAAAGCGACCCUGCCUCGCUCACACCCCAGGAAGUGUCUUCUUUUGUUCGUCUUGACCUCGACCCAAACAAGAUUACCUGGCAGCGAGUGGUAGAUACAAACGACCGCUUUCUGAGGAAGAUCACCGUCGGACAGGCCAGCACUGAAAAAGGACAAAUCAGAGAGACGGGCUUUGACAUUGCGGUGGCCAGCGAGAUCAUGGCCAUCUUGGCUCUGACCGACAGCCCGGAAGACAUGAAACAAAGACUGGCGCGCCUGGUGGUGGGGACCAGCCGGUCCGGACGGCCUGUUACCGCAGAGGACCUGGGUGUGAGCGGGGCGCUGGCUGUGCUCAUGAAGGACGCCAUCAAGCCCACGCUGAUGCAAACGCUGGAGGGUUCGCCGGUGUUUGUCCAUGCCGGGCCUUUUGCCAACAUCGCUCACGGCAACUCUUCGGUCCUCGCAGACAAACUGGCUUUGAAGUUGGUCGGACAGGACGGCUUUGUGGUGACCGAAGCUGGCUUCGGGGCGGAUAUCGGGAUGGAGAAGUUCUUCAACAUUAAAUGUCGCACAUCAGGCUUGAAGCCUGAUGUGGUGAUUCUGGUUGCGACCGUUCGGGCUCUGAAGAUGCACGGCGGAGGCCCCGAGGUGUCAGCCGGCGCGCCACUUCCAAGAGAAUACAUCGAGGAGAAUCUCUCCCUCGUUAAAGACGGCUGCCUCAGCAAUCUGAGAAAGCAGAUCGGGAUCGCUCGUCUUUUUGGGGUUCCGGUCGUGGUGGCGCUUAACGUCUUCAAGACGGACACCCAGUCUGAGAUAGACCUUGUGUGUGAGCUGGCUAAAGAUUGCGGGGCAUCUGACGCCGUGCCUUGCCACCACUGGGCACAGGGAGGGCGAGGUUCUGUGGAGCUUGCCCGGGCCGCAAAAGCGGCCACCAGCAGACCCAACAACUUCCGGUUCCUCUACGACAUUGAGAUCCCGAUAGUGGAGAAGAUUAGAACCAUAGCCCAGAAGGUCUAUGGCGCUGAUGACAUUGAGCUGUCCUCUGAGGCCAUGGACAAAAUAAAUUACUAUGAUCAGCAGGGCUACGGUUCUUUACCGAUCUGCAUGGCCAAGACCCACCUGUCCCUCUCCCACAUGCCGGCCAACAAAGGCGCGCCCACCGGCUUCGUUUUGCCAAUCCGAGACGUUCGCGCCAGCAUCGGCGCCGGCUUCAUCUAUCCCCUCGUGGGAACGGUUGGACUGAGAUGAAACCUCUCGACCUCUAAUAGGCUCGAGCGCGUUCCUUAAACAGUGCGCUUCCCGCUGAGGGCUGGGCUGCCUUUGAUCUACUGCGGCCCACAGAGUCGCCGCCGCACCGACGACCCUUGAACUGUGUCUCCCAACCAAAACAGUCUCACAGUUUGAACUAUGUAUUUGAUCAAUAAGGCUCUUUAACACAGAUGGGGAAAUAUCUGGGAGACCGGGGGCACACUCAGUCCUGAGAAAUGGGGGUAAGGGGUCUUUGCAGGGUUAAGAAUUAGGAAGUGGAAUGAUGUCAUUCCUAUGAAAUGUGAGGGAGUGUUGAAAAGCAGAACAAUAGAACCCCCAAGAGUUCACAUCCCGCACCAUUCAACUCCAACCGGCUCAGAUUUAUCGAAAAAAACUCUCAUCCACGAAUAGAAGGGGUCCGCUGUACUUUCUUCAGACAUGGUGGCGACUCGGCUAACGCUAUGGCAUCAUCGAAGGGCCUCGGGAUAAAGUGCUUUCCCCGUUCUCACACGACUUAAUGCAGUCCAUUAGAUAAUGACAUUGUGCCACACGGUUGAAUUUCUUCAAGCCCGCUCACAUCGUUGAGUCACGUGCGGCUUGAAGAGUCAUGAUGACCUCAGUACCAGUCAUCUGCAGAACCUCCCCGAAGUUUUGUUUACUUGCAGUGCUGCCUUUCCUUUCGCCGUACAGGAAAUUGCCCCAGUCACGUCCUCUCGCCUCAGUUCCACUAACAGCCUUGUAAAGCGGUCCUUGGGUCACAAGCAAGAAGGCAUGCAAAGAAUGCUGCCAGAUCAUUUUCUUGGGAGAUUUACGAGACCAACUUGGCCUCUGUGUGAAACUGUCUGACAUCCUUUUGAAAAUUGAAAUAAAAUAAAUUGGUUGUGACUUAUGUUAA